AUGUUCUUGCUGCCUCUUCCGGCUGCGGGGCGAUUCGCUGUCCGACGGCUGAACGCGAAGCGCUUCUGGGGACAGGGUCUCUCUACCGCAAGCAUGACGAAGGGCCUUGUUUUAGGAAUCUAUUCCAAAGAAAAAGCAGAUGAUGUUCCACAGUUCACAAGUGCAGGAGAGAAUUUUGAUAAAUUGGUGUCUGGAAAGCUGAGAAAAACUUUGAACAUAUCUGGACCACCUCUGAAGGCAGGCAAAACCCGAAUCUUUUAUGGUCUGCAUGAGGACUUUCCCAGCGUGGUGGUGGUCGGCCUUGGCAAAAAGGCAGCUGGAAUUGAUGACCAGGAAAACUGGCACGAAGGCAAAGAGAACAUCAGAGCUGCUGUGGCAGCGGGGUGCAGGCAGAUUCAGGACCUAGAGAUCUCUUCCGUGGAGGUGGACCCCUGUGGAGAUGCCCAGGCGGCUGCGGAGGGAGCAGUGCUUGGUCUCUAUGAGUACGACGACCUGAAGCAGAAGAAGAAGGUGGUUGUCUCGGCGGAGCUGCACGGGAGUGGGGACCAGGAGGCCUGGCAGAAAGGAGUCCUCUUUGCUUCCGGGCAGAACUUGGCACGCCAGUUGAUGGAGACUCCAGCCAACGAGAUGACGCCAACCAGAUUUGCCAAAAUUAUUGAGAAGUCUCUCAAAAGUGCUAGUAGUAAAACAGAUGUCCACAUCAGACCCAAGUCUUGGAUUGAAGAACAGGAAAUGGGAUCAUUCCUAAGUGUGGCCAAAGGGUCCGAUGAGCCUCCAGUCUUCCUGGAAAUUCACUACAAAGGCAGCCCCAACGCGAGUGACCCACCCCUGGUGUUCGUUGGGAAGGGAAUCACCUUUGAUAGUGGCGGCAUCUCCAUCAAGCCUUCUGCAAAUAUGGACCUCAUGAGGGCCGACAUGGGAGGAGCAGCCACUAUCUGUUCAACCAUUGUGUCUGCCGCCAAGCUCAGUCUGCCCAUUAACGUCAUCGGUUUGACCCCUCUUUGUGAAAAUAUGCCCAGCGGUAAGGCUAACAAGCCUGGGGAUGUUGUUAAAGCCAAGAACGGGAAGACCAUACAGGUUGAUAACACGGACGCCGAGGGGAGGCUCGUACUGGCUGAUGCGCUCUGUUACGCGCACACCUUUGACCCGAAGAUCAUCAUCAACGCCGCCACCCUAACAGGUGCUAUGGACGUAGCUUUGGGGUCUGGUGCCACUGGGGUCUUUACCAAUUCAUCCUGGCUGUGGAACAAACUCUUUGAGGCCAGUAUUGAAACGGGGGACCGUGUCUGGAGGAUGCCUCUCUUUGAACAUUACACAAGACAGGUUGUAGAUUGCCAGCUGGCUGAUGUUAACAACAUUGGAAAAUAUAGAUCUGCAGGAGCGUGUACAGCUGCAGCGUUCCUGAAAGAAUUUGUGACUCAUCCUCACUGGGCCCAUUUAGACAUAGCAGGCGUGAUGACCAACAAAGACGAGGUUCCGUAUCUGCGGAAGGGCAUGACUGGGAGGCCCACGAGGACCUUGAUAGAGUUCUUGCUUCAGUUCAGUCAAGACAAUGCUUAAUUCAGAUACUCUAGGAUUCCUUCUUUCUGUCUUAAAUGGGCAGUUGCGCUUAAAAAUGUUUUUUAAUGAAUGGAUGAAAAUCUUUUUAAAAGAAACAAAGGAUGGUAUUUAAAAAUGUAGAACAGCAGAAAAUGUGAUUCCUUGCCUUGUUUUUUUCAUUUUAUGUAGAGAUUUAUAAAGGUAAAGAUGGUAUCUUGCCUGCCAAGAUAUUUAAUAUAUUCUAUUAAUGAUGAUGCAUUUUUAAAAACUACCUAGUGCUCUUCAGAGUAUAUGUUUUUAAUUGAGAAAAAUUGUUUUUCAGAUUUGUGAUGCUAGGAACAAAGUUACUAUAUGCCAUUGUCAGAAACAAUAAACCCAACUUUCUCUUCUCUCUGCUGUG